UGGGGCGCGGGGCGGCGCGGCCGGCCGGGGCGGAGGAGGCGGCUGCGGCCUUUGAAUAGGGAAGUUGGGCAGCGCCGGCGCGGCCAGUCGUGGGCUGCAGCGAGUCCGCGGGCAGCGCCGUGCACGCUCGGGCGCCCGCGCCGUCCUCGCCGCCCGCCAUGGACGUGCUGCCCAUGUGCAGCAUCUUCCAGGAGCUGCAGAUCGUGCACGAGACCGGCUACUUCUCGGCGCUGCCCUCGCUGGAGGAGUACUGGCAACAGACCUGCCUGGAGCUGGAGCGUUAUCUGCAGAGCGAGCCCUGCUACGUGGCCGCCUCCGACAUCAAGUUCGACGGCCAGGAAGACCUGUGGGCCAAGCUCAUCCUGGCCCGUGAGAAGAAGGAGGACGCAGGCCUCCCGCACCCUAGCAGCACCCCCGAGGACCCCCUCAGCAGCCCUGGCUUUGCCUGCAGCCUGGAGACCAGCAGCCUGAACUCGGACGCCAGCAGCGAGGCCUCCGACAGCUCUGAGGAACUGUCACCCACCUCCAAGUUCGCUUCCGACCCCAUCGGCGAAGCCUUGGCGGGCUCAGGGGGCCUGGGCAGCCCCCUGGCCUCCUCGCCCCCGUCGUCCCCCGAACUGAGCCAGGACCCGUCCCAGCUGUGGGCCUGCGGAUCUGGGGAGCUGCUUCCUGCUGGGAAGAUGCACGGGGGGACUGCGGGGAAGUCCGGGGACAAGGGCAGCGGGGAUGCGUCUCCCGAUGGCCGCCGCAGGGUCCACCGCUGCCACUUCAACGGCUGCAGGAAGGUUUACACCAAAAGCUCCCACCUGAAAGCGCACCAGCGCACACACACAGGAGAGAAGCCGUACCGAUGCUCCUGGGACGGGUGUGAGUGGCGUUUUGCAAGAAGCGAUGAGCUAACCAGACAUUUCCGAAAGCACACGGGCGCCAAGCCUUUUAAAUGCGCCCACUGCGACAGAUGCUUCUCCAGGUCCGACCAUCUGGCCCUGCACAUGAAGAGGCACCUGUGAACCGGCCGCCAUCCCUGCGGCUAAGACGGCUCCGGGCUGCGGCCGGCCUGGCAGAGGCGCCUACCAGCCAGAGCAGCUGCCUGGCUCCCUCCUGCCGGCCUCCAGGGCCCCCUUGGGUGGUCGUUGGUGGGAGGGCCGAGGUGUCCCCGCAGAAGCGCGGAGUGCGGUGGGCAGUGGGGGAGGCCCCGGCCGUGAGCACGGAGCGUGUGGACGGCGUGACUGUGGUGGCCUGUCCCCGUGUGUGGGGCCAGUGCUCGGUGCCUUCCUGUGUGAGGCAGCCGACGCGGUUUGAAUGUUGUGUGUGAGGCGUGCCCCCGAGAUCCUCCUGGGGAUCUGCACCUGAGGGGGGAUUAAAAAAAAAAACACAAAAAAAGUUGUGAAGGCGUGGGGGGCGGGCACGGGGCGGAGGAGACCGGCUCUGAGAGGACCCCUGUGGCGGGUGUGAUGGUGCCCUGGGUGGCCCCAGGACCUUCCCACGCAUGGCGGGAGGUGGGGCCCCGCCCGGGUGACACUUUCCUAUCAGAGUGGCCACCGGUCAGCUAGUCAACGGGCACCGGAAGCUCUUUUCUUUGUGGGGCCCAGUGGACCCCCCCUCUGCCCUGCUGAGGACAGUUGGUCCGGGUGCACGAGCUCCGUAGAGGGUCCCCGUGCCGGGAUGGGCCAGGGCUGUGUUGGGUGUGAGCGGGGCUGGGAUGCUGGUCUCAUGUUCCACCGACCUGGAAGCUGCGGUUUUGCUCGGUGGGGUGGAUGAAACCACUAAAGCUUAGAAACUGUUUUCUCAUGCAGCUAAGUUUCUCUUAUUUAUGCCUUGAGGACUAAUUUCUGGUUUUCCAGCUGAAAAUGCACUGCGGAUCUUAACAAUGGUGCCUUACGCAGGCCCUUCUCGGGCUGUUACAGGGGUGCGGGGGUGCAUGCUUUAUUAAGGCUCUUUUUUUACACCUGGCGUUGUACUGUACCGACGGAGAAUCCCGAAAGCCCGAGUCCAGGCCCUCUCUCACGGACAGACAGCAGGGGGGCAGCCCCCAGCCAUGCAGGGCCUCUCCAGCCUGACGCCCGGGAACAUCGGAGCUUUUCUACCACAGACUUUGGUGUCCAUUUUGCACAACUCUUGUAUAGAUCACACGCUGACCGUGUUGGAUGCGUCUCGUUUCCACGCUUAGGAAAGAUACAGAAGUGUAAAAAAAACAAAAAAACAAAAAACAUAAAAAAAAAAAAACGAUGUUAAUGUAUUUGCUUACAAGGCACAAGGUUUCUGUACCUGUCUAGCUACCUGUUGGUGAUCGCGGAAAGCAGCCUGCUUUGGACAAAAGUGGGCGGAAUUCUUGUGUAUGUAUAUUUGUGUGUAUAGUAUAUGUAUGUGAGUGUAUAUAUAUAUGCUAUAUAUAUAGAUAAUAUAUAAAUAUUUUUUUAAGGAGAAAUUAGAAUGUUAGCUAGAGACUUCCACAGCCAGAGAAGCAGCUUUUCAGAUGGGCCGCGAGGAGGGGGAGCGCGAGGUCCCCCCUUGUCUCGUGCCCCCCGCAGUGGGCAGGUUGGCCACUGUUUGGUCGCAGAACAGAGGUUUGGGUCUUGUGUUCCAGCUCUACCGGAAUAUCUGGCCUGGGAGAAAGCUCAUCCCAAGCUUUCUGUUUUGAAACAUUUGGAUGCCCACCAACCUGGUUUUUUUUUUUUUUCCAGCCCAGAGAUUCUUCCAGGUUUUCCAGAGAGUCACUUUCCCAAACUGGUAUGCCGCAGCGGCCAGCCGAGCAGCCCCCUUGGGUGCUAGGGUAGGAGAUACCCCCAAGGGCUGGCCAGGCUGCUGGUGGGUUUGAUAUUCCUGGGAAUGAGCAAUGCUGAGCGCUCACCUGACUGGUUUGUGAAAUCUGGGCUGACACAGGCACUUAUCUAAAGGACCCGUCUGUCAUUCUGCGGAGUGGGGGGGUGGGGGAUGGACUUUGCUUUCAGCGAGUGAGAAUCCAGAUGAGGGACUGGCUGGGUUUGGUAAAAUGUCUUUAGGCCCUGUAUGUGUUCAGCUGUAUCCGUUCCAUUAAACAAGGAGGUAAACUGAAGACCAAAAAUAAAAACAUAGAAAUAAAUUCGGGGGGUGGGGGGAAGAAACGCCCUCGGCUUGCACAGACGCGAGUGCUGGGGGCUCGGGAGCUGUGGGGGGUGUGUAUGCUGAAGCCUGUCGUUUUCGUAAGAAGUACAGUAAGAGCUACAUUCUGUUCAGGUGAUAACUGAGCCUCAAUCAAGCAGAAACUUUUUUUUGCUUGACGUUGAAAAAAAGAUUUCUAUUCGUGAGAUUUCUUUUUUCUUUUUUUUUUUUGAAAGCACCCUGUUAUCUAAAGAAUCUUUGUAAGAUUUUUGUAAAAUUUUGUUUUACAAGAUUUUAUUUGAAAUUGUUUUUUGCAAGAUUGUUAUAUUUCUGUAUGAAUGUAUUUUUUAUUGGAAUAACAUAAAAGAAUUCUUAUCAGCA